UGACUUCUGUACGACUAACAAAACUAUAAAAUACUGAAAGGUUCAACAUACACUGGCAUGCCUUUUGCCUAAGCAAUUAAAGCUCGGAACAGGGAAAGAAAGGAACUAAUAAGUUCUAUGGUAGAGUUGGUAGCCAUUUAUCUCGCAGCGGGUAUUCAAAGAAAAGCAAAAGUUAGAUCUAUUAAUAUCUCGGCCGCUGCAAGUUGCGCUGUACUUAACUCACCUUGGAUUUACAACUGGUUAUUUUAAUUUAAUUAUACUUUUGCAUUCGAUUUAAAUAGAUUACUAUGCAGUAUCUAAAAUUGGAAGUGUGCAUUAUGCAUUAGUAGGUGUUUUAUAAUACUUCAUUAAAAUUAACCUAGUUUGCAUAAAAGUUUUUUUUUAUACAUUACAAGUUAGCCCUUGACUAUAAUCUCACCUGAUGGUAAGUAUGAUGCAAUCCAAGAUGGAAGCGGGCUAACUUGUAACUUGUUAUUUUCAUCCUCCUGAAAAUCUAUGUCCCUCUCGGUAUCUACACGGUAUCGUACCGGCACGCUUGACGGUACGUCUUUGUCGGUAGGGUGGUAACUAGCCACGGUCGAAGCCUCCCACCAGCCAAAAUAGUUUUAUAUGUUUAUCUUGCGCGUAGAGUUCUUUAUUAGAAACAUAUAUUUUUAACAUGUCCUUCGUAUAGGUAAUCAGUGGCGUGCAUUUCAUACAUGCAUUAAAGCACAGCUUACCUCAACAAAUGCUUUGUUAAUGCUUAUCCAAUGCACAUUUUCGCAGUUUGGUUAAAUUGACUUAGGAGUAUGUGGAUUUUGGGAAUCUAAAUUUUAAAACCCAUUUCUUCUUUUAGUACUUUGUAAUUCUACUGAAAUUAUUUAACUAAGGACAUUGAAUUUUUCUUAAACUUCUGGGAAUUUAAUUCAUUAAAAUGAUUGAAAUUACGUUUUGUUGUUACCAUGCUUGUAUCUUCUCCUGAUGAGGGUAUAGGUACGUCCAUGAAAUAAUAUAGUACGUUUAGCAAAAAAAGAUAUCUCUGCCAUAAAUUGACGCUCAGACCAGGGUCUCCCCCAGCCAGUAUGACGCUGUGAACUCUUCUACGGUACGAAAUACAGGCCUAAGACAGCGGGUUAUAACUAAUUUUAAUGCAGCUUUUUUUCUUUCCAUAUAAGUAUAAAAUAAAAGUACAUUAUGAUAUGUUUUUUUUUUCAUUUAUCCUAGGUAUUCGAUAUUCGUUAUCAUGAGGUCAGGUUUAGGCAGCUGCAACAGCUCGAGAAUCAAGAUAAACUCAAAUAAAUUACUUGUUAUUAAAACGUGACAGAUUGCUUUUCUAUUUUAAAUUAAGUAAAAGUGUAAUUCUAUUUUAACGCUAAACUUGAUGCUAUCUAAAUCGAAACAAGAGAUUUAUUUAUAGUUGUAUCUCCGUCUCGUAGAUCCCAAAAUAAACUUUCAUGAAUGUGAACCGAUAUAUUUACUAACAUAGAGGAUACGCCGAUUUAUUGACGCAUGCGUAUUACACCAGCGCGCGCACUGUUAUCACCUGAUAAGCCCAUUCACUCCAGAAUCAAGCCUUCCGAGCCAAACAUGUUGCUCAAAAAAUAACAUUGAAACGUAAACUGAAACAAAUACCAAAAUGGGCAACCAAUUUAAUGUUGUGGCUGUUGUGGCGUGCUUUAAGACACUACUUUUCCUCUUCAAUAUUGUGUUCUGGCUGACGGGCCUUCUCAUGCUAGUUUUGGGCCUCUGGGCGGAGUUCGGCCUUUACAAGUAUAUGGAGAUGUCCCCGGAGUUCUCGGGGACUGCCCCGCUCGUUAUCAUUGUGAUGUGGCGGCAAAACGGAGAAUUUAAUGGAGAUAAUCCCGAACGAGAAGUUAAGAGAGAUAAAAACCGGAACGAGUGGGGACGGCACGACACAACAGAUUGCAACAGACCCGUUACAGAGUUCAACGCGAAAGAGUGUGAUAAUCUCUAAUUUGCAGUAAACCACCAUUGUUACUAGACUUUUAUGUAAUAACUAUCGUGGGACAAGUAAUUAUGAGUUCCGUUGCUGAUAUUCUACAUAAUUCUAUGUAAUUUUAUGCAGGGGCUGCAAAAAACUAUCUAUAAUGUAAGGUGGCACUAGCAAUCAUGUCGAUUGCAGAUUGCAAGAGCUCUUUCAAUUUAAAUUCGCUGUUUUUUACUCUGUUCGCCUUUUAUGACAUCAAUACUUGCAUACUGAGAUUAUAAAUCCAAAGGUAAGCAUGUUGUCCUUUUUCGUCUUCCACAAUACCGAUUAUUAUAAAUUUUAGUAGAGAUAAUAAUUGAAACUCAACGCAAAACCAGAAAAUGGACUUGUUAUACCAGAAAAAUCCAUGGUUCCCGCGGGAUUUGUGUAAAACAGAAAUUUUCACUCGAACGCAGUUGCGGACGGAUUUCGACAUUGAUCGUCAGUGACAGAGUCAUUAUUACCCGCUAUCUCACAUUAAAACAGCGUGGUGGGUCUAAGCUUCUAUUACUUCUUCAAAACGCUAAUGUUGAUGAUGAUUAAUGAUUAUAGGUUGGCGAUCUGGAUGGUACUGAGUUCGAUUUCCAGCUUGAGUCCAUAAAAUUUAAUAAUAUUUUCUAAAUUGCCUCGGAUCUGGGGAUAGGCAUCGGCCAUAUCGUAUUGCCGCGUAGAAAUCUUCAGAGGUAAGUGUGGAAUAAUUCAUCUCAUUCUGAGAGGAAACUCGAGCAGCAGUGAGCCGAAUAUGGGUUGAUAAUGAUGAUGAUGAUGAGUAGAAUAAACUCGUACGAAAGCUAGCCCCCAUCUGUCAUUACCUACCAGGUGAGAUCGGACAUCGGAAUCAAGGGCCAAAUUGACAUUGAAUAAAAAAAACAACCCUACAAAUUCUGCAAACAAAACAGUAACGUCUACGCCUAUCAAUUAACCAACGUUAAACGUAAUCUUAAAAUUAAAAUAAAAUCUUUUUAACAAUAAAAAAAAUUACCCGACUUUGUAAUCACAAAAAUAAACUAAAAAGUAAAAAAAAACAUCGUAUGUGCUACCUUCUGAUCACUUUGAAGGCAGUGCCAAGCCAGUGACGUAAUAAUUAAAUUAAUUUUAAUUAAUAAUUUAAAGAUUUUAUUUUUAAGGUUUUAUUCUGUCCUAGCAUAGUGAACGAAAGCGCCACGAUACGGGCAAUUUCGUUAUUUUCAUUUUAACACAAAAUUACAGAACCUAUUAUCAUGAAAAUUGAAUGGGGCCAAUCUGGAAGUGAAAUCUUUCAAAUAAAAAAAGAAUUUUCAAAAUUGGUUAGGAAAUGAGGAUGUUAUGAGGUAACAAACAUUACAAAAAAAACCUACGCAUCGAAUUGAGAACCUCCUCCAUUUUUUGAAGUCGGUUAAUAACAACAACACAGCUCUUAAUAAAAUGGAGUAGGUACGUGACAUUAUGUCGACCCAGUUUUCCCCUAAAGUACAACAAUACAAAGACUCGUAUCAUUUAACUGUCGUCUUCUAACUCAAGGUUUAAGGCCUAAGGGUCAAUUUGUAACGUGCGAGGCAAACAAAUUCGUCGUUUGUGUGUUUUGCUUUAGUGAACAAACACCCAUAUUUGUGCAAUGAUAAUUUUAUACUAUAGAUCGGUUACGUCCCUACAAAAUCACCGCAAACAGUGAUCUGAACAAUAAGCUACAAAACUAAGCGCACACAAUUUUGUCUUUAAUUCCAUUAUUUAUUUAUGUACGUAUAUAGUUUUUACACUUCCUGAGCACACAAAUCGAUAUCGUAGAUGAUAUAUAGGUAUUAUUUGUAUAAAUAGCGUUCGUUGUUGACCACAACUAACAUUGAGAUGUAGAAAUUUCCUCUUUUGAGCGCCUCAUUUUUCAUAGCCUAGUAACACAUCUAACAGUAUUUAACAUCAUUGUAUUUGUGAAUAUUAUGUAUUUUUAAAAUAAUAUACAUAUGUAUAGAUAGAUAUGUCUUAAAACAUUAUAAAAUUGUCCUCUUUAUUCCCCGCAAUUCAAAUAAAUGGCUGUGCUACGAGUGGGUACGAAAAUAGUUGCGGGCGGGCAUCGAACCCUCGACCUCUCGGAUGUAUUCCGGCUCUUUGUCGAGAUGGUUCAUUGAUGUCUAAAAAGGUUGAUUCACUUGCGGAAUUGAGUCUAUGGAUCUAUGUAUCAUGUAUGUUUAUUUUACCUAGUGGCGCAGUGGUAUGCGUAUGGACGGAGGUCCUGGGUUCGAUCGGCUGAGCCGAUUGUGUGUUUCUUUAAUUGGUCCAGGUGUGGCUGGUGGGAAGCUUCGGACGUGGCUAGUUACUACCCUAUCGUACCCACGUACCAUCCAAGUGAUCUAGCGUCCCGGUAUGAUAUAGUGUAGAAACCGAAAGGCGUGUGGAUUAUCAUUUAACUUCUAACGAGUUAGUCAAGGGAUAACUUGUAAAGAAUAAAAAAAAAAAAAAACAUUAGCGCAAAUUUCUUUUUAGGUUGUUCUUAGGUUGGUAGGUUUUAGAGCAAGGAAAAAAUAAGUCCGAGCUGUUUAAUUAAACAAAUAUUAACCUUACCAUCAUCUGCCUCAACUUCAGCAAUCGGGGACACAAACGUAAUUUGUAACAUAAAUCCUACUACUAAUAAAUUCACGGAAGACACCAUUCUGUCUAACAAAUUGAUAGCCGUAAUCCUUUUAAUUAAUCACUAUCGGUCUUACGGAUUAAUUUAUUCAGCAAAAAGUCACUUUUGUUGGAAAAAGUAUCGUAAUUUUUUACGAAACCCGAAAGCCGGCCACGAGCGGUCGAUCGGACGUGCGCUCGCGCUGCGCAGUGACUUCUGUACGACUAACAAAACUAUAAAAUACUGAAAGGUUCAACAUACACUGGCAUGCCUUUUGCCUAAGCAAUUAAAGCUCGGAACAGGGAAAGAAAGGAACUAAUAAGUUCUAUGGUAGAGUUGGUAGCCAUUUAUCUCGCAGCGGGUAUUCAAAGAAAAGCAAAAGUUAGAUCUAUUAAUAUCUCGGCCGCUGCAAGUUGCGCUGUACUUAACUCACCUUGGAUUUACAACUGGUUAUUUUAAUUUAAUUAUACUUUUGCAUUCGAUUUAAAUAGAUUACUAUGCAGUAUCUAAAAUUGGAAGUGUGCAUUAUGCAUUAGUAGGUGUUUUAUAAUACUUCAUUAAAAUUAACCUAGUUUGCAUAAAAGUUUUUUUUUAUACAUUACAAGUUAGCCCUUGACUAUAAUCUCACCUGAUGGUAAGUAUGAUGCAAUCCAAGAUGGAAGCGGGCUAACUUGUAACUUGUUAUUUUCAUCCUCCUGAAAAUCUAUGUCCCUCUCGGUAUCUACACGGUAUCGUACCGGCACGCUUGACGGUACGUCUUUGUCGGUAGGGUGGUAACUAGCCACGGUCGAAGCCUCCCACCAGCCAAAAUAGUUUUAUAUGUUUAUCUUGCGCGUAGAGUUCUUUAUUAGAAACAUAUAUUUUUAACAUGUCCUUCGUAUAGGUAAUCAGUGGCGUGCAUUUCAUACAUGCAUUAAAGCACAGCUUACCUCAACAAAUGCUUUGUUAAUGCUUAUCCAAUGCACAUUUUCGCAGUUUGGUUAAAUUGACUUAGGAGUAUGUGGAUUUUGGGAAUCUAAAUUUUAAAACCCAUUUCUUCUUUUAGUACUUUGUAAUUCUACUGAAAUUAUUUAACUAAGGACAUUGAAUUUUUCUUAAACUUCUGGGAAUUUAAUUCAUUAAAAUGAUUGAAAUUACGUUUUGUUGUUACCAUGCUUGUAUCUUCUCCUGAUGAGGGUAUAGGUACGUCCAUGAAAUAAUAUAGUACGUUUAGCAAAAAAAGAUAUCUCUGCCAUAAAUUGACGCUCAGACCAGGGUCUCCCCCAGCCAGUAUGACGCUGUGAACUCUUCUACGGUACGAAAUACAGGCCUAAGACAGCGGGUUAUAACUAAUUUUAAUGCAGCUUUUUUUCUUUCCAUAUAAGUAUAAAAUAAAAGUACAUUAUGAUAUGUUUUUUUUUUCAUUUAUCCUAGGUAUUCGAUAUUCGUUAUCAUGAGGUCAGGUUUAGGCAGCUGCAACAGCUCGAGAAUCAAGAUAAACUCAAAUAAAUUACUUGUUAUUAAAACGUGACAGAUUGCUUUUCUAUUUUAAAUUAAGUAAAAGUGUAAUUCUAUUUUAACGCUAAACUUGAUGCUAUCUAAAUCGAAACAAGAGAUUUAUUUAUAGUUGUAUCUCCGUCUCGUAGAUCCCAAAAUAAACUUUCAUGAAUGUGAACCGAUAUAUUUACUAACAUAGAGGAUACGCCGAUUUAUUGACGCAUGCGUAUUACACCAGCGCGCGCACUGUUAUCACCUGAUAAGCCCAUUCACUCCAGAAUCAAGCCUUCCGAGCCAAACAUGUUGCUCAAAAAAUAACAUUGAAACGUAAACUGAAACAAAUACCAAAAUGGGCAACCAAUUUAAUGUUGUGGCUGUUGUGGCGUGCUUUAAGACACUACUUUUCCUCUUCAAUAUUGUGUUCUGGCUGACGGGCCUUCUCAUGCUAGUUUUGGGCCUCUGGGCGGAGUUCGGCCUUUACAAGUAUAUGGAGAUGUCCCCGGAGUUCUCGGGGACUGCCCCGCUCGUUAUCAUUGGGGUUGCUACCCUGAUUGUACUCAUCAGCUCGGUGGCGUUCUCUGGCAUCAUUAAAGGACAACCUGUGCUGUUGUAUAUUUAUGGUGGAUUUCUCAUCUGCAUAUUUAUGAUGGAACUCGGAGUGGGUGCGUCAGCGAUCUGUUACCGGGACACGUUUGCGAAAGGAUUACACGACGGGCUGACAAAGUCGAUCAUUACUUACAAUCCUAAAAAAGCCAACUUCGAUUUUGCUCAAGCGACAUUACAAUGCUGCGGUGUAUCUAACUAUACGGACUGGAUGCGACUGUCUCCUCAGCGUGUGAUACCGAUCUCUUGCUGCGUGGACAAAACCCGUUGCGUUACGGCUAACUACAGCGACGUUUACCAAAGAGGAUGCUACGAGGUAUUAUCGGAGUAUCUGAUGAACAAUUUAAACAUCGUGUUUGCGAUAGCCAUUGGAACGGCACUGCUGCCUCUGGUAGGCGCCAUGGUCUCGUGCUCUCUGGCCAGGGGGAUUGAAAAAUCGAAAUAUGACGCCAUCAAUUGAAUCAUCGGCUCAACUACUGGACAAAUGAAUGUCAACUUUGAAUCUCACGACUGAAUAGUUCUUUUAUAUUCUAUUUACGUGUAUUAUUACGGGAUUUUUGAAGUAUAAAAUUCUAUAAAUGAAGGAUUUAUACCUGGGUAUACACCUAAUCUUCAAUUUACUGUUUUUUAGGGUUCCGAACGUACGUAGUUUUGAAUUUAUAUCAACAAAUUUAAAGUUAAGUAGUGACUUGAUCGGCAAUUAAAUAUUUUUCCUUAAAACCUGGUUGUUCAGGCCUUGAAUCUUCAGAAUGUGGUGAAUAAUGUUAUUAUACAUUUAUAUUUAGAUAGAUAUUGUAUUUACUACCUUUAUAUAGGUAAUACAUAACUACAUACUCUAAAUAUUUAAACGCAAAAGGUAAAGAAAUAUCCGCAAAAAUAAUAAAACCGCUAGACGUACAAACACGAAAUUUGGCAGAGAGGUAGUUUAUAGUUAGUUGACAUCCGCUAAGAAGGGAUAUUAUUGUAACAGGGCCGGAUUAAAGAUGUCUAAAGCGGACUAAGUCACAGGCAUCCCCUAGUUAGGAAUAUUAGUUAGGAUAUUACCUAGAUAUGGCAUAAUGCUGUCAGUUUAUUAAUAAUUUUCAGUCAACUGCUUACAUGAAGUAGUACGUACAACUCCUUGCCUCAAAUGAGGGGUACCUCACGAGGACCUCGCGAGGUACCCCUAACCCCAUGUAAAAAUGAUAAGUUACUCAUCACUACAAUCAGUGCUCUCAUAAGCCGGCUCGGCAUGAAAUUUUAGUAAGUCAAGCUUCGGCUGAAACCUAAAUAAUUGUUUUCUGCCCUUGGGAGAAAAACGGUUACAUUUAGUCAUUGAGCCUUCGCUUGACUCGCUUGUGAGAGGUGUUUAUAUUCUGCCGGCGAUGGCAAGACGUACUGUGAAGAAAAUUUUCUUAGGAUAGUAAAUAAACGACAUGCGUAUAUUCUCCCUCUACACCAUACUAUAGUCUGGCAAGUUUGUUGAUGACACUCCUAUGAUAUGCGGGCGAAGGGGGGAAAGACUGCGCGGGUGUGAAAUCGUGCGUGCGGGGAACGAACUAACUUGCCAAGCUAUAGUUGAAAGCCGCCCAUCAAUAGACCGCGAUCUCCUGCCGAUUGGAGACGAUAGACGUCAUACAUAGUUGUGGUUAACUGUUUAUAUAGCGUUUUUCUCGAUGUAUACCUACAAUCUACAUAGUAUAUAAUAUAUGUUUGUUACUGAACUUUAAAUUCUAUUUCCUUCUUGAGAUAUUGUCAAUUUUAAAAAAUAAUACUUAGAUAUCUAAUAAAGUUAUAUUAUAAAUUAUAUGAUUAUUUAUAAUUUUAUUAACAUACCUGCACACUGAUUUCUUAGCAUUCUCCUACCUAGUGUUUUUCAGAUAGCAUUGGUAUGGUGACAGUUGCCUUAUGACGUUCAUAAUACGUACGAAUAACGUGAAUCGCGGCAAACUUCCAAGAGUGAAACGAACUGUCACAGUACCCAUGCUAUCUGAAAAAUACUAGUUAUUAUGGCGUGUAGCAGCGAGUGAUUGUACUAUUAUAAAUGUGAAGCACCUCGAAGAAGACCUGCUGUCUUGAGGACUUGUGACAAAAAAUCCAGGAAUUGAACCACUAUUUUUAUAGAAUGAGAUCUGGCUUAAGAAAUAUUUAUUUCUAGUGCUAGAUUAGACCAUUAUGAAAAUAAUACUCAUUGAAUUAAUAUAAAAACAUGAUCUUUUAACAAAUUAGCUAAAAGCGGUUUCAGACUAGCGUUUUAUUCGCGCGUAUAAGGUCGUUUUUUGGAAGCGAAUGUAGGCGCGUAUAAGCGCGCCCAUUGGCACACGCUCAUCUCGUACGAGCGUUGACGUGCUUCUAAGGUCGUAUAUGUUAUGAU